AUGAGUGUCAAGCCAGGUGAGGAAAUCCCUGCACGAUGUCUUGGAGAGACGGGUGCUCUGAGUUUCAAAAAACCCACUGAGCAGGACCUGAAAGACACUCAAGAGCUGGAGACUACAUUGUCCCAAUUGAAUAUAUUUGAAACACCAGAAGAGAUGUCCCAACGUCGCGAAGCACUGGUGCGUCUUCAGGAAAUUUCAAACGCCUGGAUUCGCAAAAAAGCUCGCGAGCAAAAUCUUCCCCCGCACGUUGUAAAUUCCACUACAGGGAAAAUUUUCACUUUUGGUUCGUAUCGUCUUGGUGUCAACUUUCGCGGAGCGGAUAUUGACUCGCUCCUUGUGGUCCCCCGAUUUAUUACUCGGGAGGAAUUUUUCGAUGAGUUUCAAGCAGUCCUUGCGGACGAUCCCAAUGUUGAAGAUAUACAUGCUGUUGUGGAUGCUUUUGUCCCCGUGUUGAAAAUGAAGUUUAUGGAAGUGGAGGUUAGUUUCCAUCGCUUUGUCAAACCACUGAUUGUCCAGAUCGAUCUGUUGUUUGCUCAGUUAGAUCAAAUGAGCAUACCGGAAAAUUUCAGCUUAUGUGAGAAUACAGAAACUAUAAUGCGCAACAUGGAUGAACGGGAUGUACGGAGUAUCAACGGCGUUCGCGUAACUGAAGAUAUACUGAAUCUUGUAUAUAAUAAAAACGCAUUCAAAGUAGCUCUCAAGGUGAUUCGUAUUUGGGCCAAGCGUCGCAACAUUUAUUCCAAUGCGUUGGGAUUUCUGGGUGGUGUCUCAUGGGCCAUUCUAGUUUCGCGAAUCUGUCAACUCUACCCCUACGCGACUCCCUCUAUGAUAGUUUAUCUGUUCUUCAAAAUUUUCAGCCAGUGGCCGUGGCCAAAACCGGUGAGGUUACGCGAAUCGGAGAUUAUUAGCAGUCUCUGUUUACCCGUUUGGGAUCCACGGCUCACAGUUACCUGUGAACAGUCAUUUGCUUCCUAA